ACCGCACUCUUCCACCACCCACCUCCCUUUCUCUCGGCGCUAUGGCUCUAACUCCGGCCACCACCUUCCUCCCUAAACACAACCAACCACCACCCUUCCACCACCUCCGUUCAUCUCCCACAACCAUCAAUUGUACCUCCUCACCACCCACCAUCACCACCACCACCACUAACAACAACAACGGCCACUCGAUUCCAUCUCCUCUGCCAUUCUCCGCCAAAUACGUCCCCUUCAACUCCGACACCGAUGAAUCCUACUCACUUGAUGAAAUCAUCUACCGAAGUAGCUCCGGCGGACUGUUGGACGUUCAACACGACAUCACCUCCCUGAAACAGUUCGACGGGAAGUAUUGGCGGUCACUUUUUGAUUCACGUGUCGGCCGGAACGCAUGGCCGUACGGGUCCGGCGUAUGGUCGAAAAAGGAAUGGGUGUUGCCGGAAAUUGAUAACGACGAUAUCGUAAGCUGUUUUGAAGGUAAUUCCAAUCUCUUCUGGGCGGAGAGAUUUGGGAAACAAAAUCUCGACGGAAUGAAUGAUUUAUGGGUGAAACACUGCGGUAUAAGCCACACCGGAAGUUUCAAGGAUUUAGGGAUGACGGUGCUCGUCAGCCAAGUCAAUCGGCUCCGGAAAAUGAAUAAACCGUUGGUCGGCGUCGGCUGUGCAUCCACCGGAGACACAUCCGCCGCCCUCUCCGCCUACUGCGCCGCCGCCGGAAUCCCGUCGAUUGUGUUUUUACCGGCGAAUAAGAUCUCAUUGGCGCAAUUAGUUCAACCGAUUGCAAAUGGAGCGUUUGUAUUGAGUUUAGAUACAGAUUUCGAUGGUUGCAUGAAGCUAAUUCGAGAAAUUACUUCUGAAUUACCCAUUUAUUUGGCGAAUUCGUUGAAUUCGUUGCGAUUAGAAGGUCAGAAGACGGCGGCGAUCGAGAUUUUGCAGCAGUUUAAUUGGGAGGUUCCCGAUUGGGUGAUAAUUCCCGGCGGAAAUUUGGGGAACAUUUACGCAUUUUACAAAGGUUUCAAAAUGUGUCAAGAACUAGGGUUAGUCGAUAGAAUUCCACGGCUCGUUUGCGCUCAAUCUGCAAAUGCAAAUCCGCUUUAUCUCCAUUACAAAUCCGGCUGGAAGAAUUUUACGCCGGUGAAAGCCACCACCACAUUCGCUUCCGCUAUCCAAAUUGGAGAUCCUGUUUCAAUCGACAGAGCUGUGUAUGCUUUGAGUAACUCCGACGGAAUAGUUGAGGAGGCGACGGAGGAGGAGUUGAUGGACGCCAUGGCAGUGGCGGAUUCGACCGGAAUGUUUAUUUGUCCUCAUACAGGGGUGGCGCUGGUGGCUCUGAUGAAGCUCCGGGAGAGAGGUGUGAUCGGAAAAACGGAUCGCACAGUGGUGGUUAGUACUGCGCAUGGAUUGAAGUUUACUCAGGCGAAGAUUGAUUAUCAUUCGAAGGCGAUUGAAGGAAUGGAAUCGAGGUUUGCGAAUUCGCCGGUGGAGGUGACGGCGGAGUACGGUGCCGUCAUGGAUGUUCUUAAGAAGUUUCUUACGAAGGUUUCAUAGGAGUGGAUUGGAGAUUGUACAAGUGGUAAUGCAAUAUGUACAAGUAAAAGAAGCAGGAUGGUUGGUACUUAGUAAAACUUUAUUUUAUGUGGUAGCUUAUAACCGAAUAACCGAUUAUAAAACGGAAAUUGACUAAAAUUGUCGAUUUGAUUUGUUUA